UUAAGGAACAAUCAAAUCUAUUCAAUCUAAAGCUCGAGCUCAAACCAUCUCCACACGCAUUAACAACCCUUGAAAAAGUAAAUAACAUAAACUUUGAGAAGCGAGCAAAUCAUAGGAAUUCGAACUUCCAUUGAAUGAGAGCUUCCAUCAAAACCAAACGUACUAUGCUUCCAUUUCCUCCCAUCUUAUAAUAACACACACUCAUGUCUCCCACCCCUCUCUCCCUCCUUUGCGCUCUUCUUCUUACUCUUCCCCUUGCUAUCGUCUUCACCAUCACCACCGACAUUGCCACCACCACCAUCCACCCUCUCCCCACCGUCCGCCACCAACACCCCAUCAUCAAACCACCAACAAAAACCACAACCCAUUCACAAAAACCCAUUACAAAACCGAUUUUCCCGCCACCUCCGCCGCCAUUUGUAGAUAAUGAUAAUGAUGAUAAUGAUACCUCACUUUUCCAGCUGGCAUCUCGGGUCAACCCGAACCCAUCACCAACCGGAGCCCCGAAAAAGCUCGCAUUCAUGUUCCUCACAACCGGACCUCUACCCUUGGCCCCACUUUGGGAGCUAUACUUCAACCGUACCAAACGACACAAUCUAUACAACAUAUACAUACACGCCGACCCUAACCUUAAACAACACGACCUUCUUUAUCAAGGCGUGUUCACCAACCGCACCGUCCCAUCCAAACCCACGCGCCGCUACACACCCUCACUCGCCGCCGCUCAUAAACGGCUGCUUGCUCACGCUCUACUCCACGACCCGUUAAAUUACAUGUUUGCCCUUGUCUCACCUACAUGCAUUCCUCUUCACUCCUUCGAUUUCACUUAUAAAACAUUAAUAAAAUCCUCAAAAAGCUUCAUAGAAAUCCUCGAAAACGAGGGUGGCGCGUGGGGGAGAUAUGCGGCGCGUGGAGACACGGCGAUGCUUCCGGAAGUGGAGUUUGGAAAAUUUAGAAUUGGGUCUCAGUUUUCGGUUUUGACACGUCAACAUGCCACGGUGGCAGUAAACGACACGCGUAUAUGGUCUAAGUUUAAACUACCGUGUCUAGAGGAGAAUGUGUACAGGUGUUACCCUGAGGAGAAUUAUUUCCCUACGCUCUUGUCCAUGGUAGAUAGGGUAGGAUGCGUGCCGGCUACGUUGACUUUUGUUGACUGGAAGGGGCGACAUGAUGGUCACCCGCAUACGUUUCACGGGUCGGAAGUGGGCCCGGAGUUGAUCAGGACCAUUCGUGGACGGAGGCCUAGGUAUGGUGAUGAGGAGAUCAACGGUUCAGAUGUGUCUGUGAGGAAACGGGGUGACCCGUUUCUGUUUGCGAGGAAAUUCGGGUCGGAUACGGUGGGUAAGUUGAUGGAUAUAGCAAACGACGUCAUUUUACGAGAUUAAUAAGUUAAUAACUGAUAAGGUGAUAGAUUAAGGCAGAAAGUGGGAACAAACCCGUGCUUUAUGAUGUAAUAAAUGGUGGUUAUAACUGUAAUCAUUAUACUUUAUUUUGGUAAUUGUAAUUAUUGUUAUUGUUAUACUUGUUUAUGUUAACAUUAAUUCUGAUGUAAAGAGCAUAUUA